UUUCUCAUUUUGGCCCCAAAAAGCUCAGCAAAUUCAUUUUGGCACCCCUCUGCUCCCGACCUCCAUAGCCCUUCCCCUUCAUUCAACGCUCCUCCUCUUGUUCCCAUUGAAUUCUCAGCCUCUCUUUCUCUGUAUUUUAAUUUAUUCAUAUACAUCCAAUAAAACCCUUACUAAUUUUAGCUUCAAUUUCUGAUUUCCGUGUUGAAAUCCAAGAAAUUCUCAAGACCUAUAUAUACAUAACAUUCAGCUUCAACUGCACUGUUUGCUUCGAGGGGAUUACUUGUUUUUAAUUCUUCCAUUUUGUUUCUAGUUCCCAUUUCAAUUUAGGAACAAAAUGGAUGAGAUGAGAGAUAAAAUGAAGGGUUUGAUGAAGAAAGUCAACGGCCCCUUCUCAUCUUCUUUAUCAGGCAAAUUCAAGGGGCAAGGCAGAGUCUUGGGAUCCUCUUCUGCUUCUUCUUCUCCAUCACAAUCACUGCCGUCUUCGUCAUCGCUGCGGGAUACCAAGCCUUUGCCUCAAAAGGUAUACAAUAUUUCUGAACGGAAAUUGGAAGAUAAAAAGCCUGAAAUACGGGUGAGUCCGAAUGUAAAUGAGAAGUCCGAAAAUGGGUUUGAUCCAUACAACUCAUUGAUCACGUCUGGGAAGAGGAACCCGAAUGGUUAUUCUUUGCAAGUGUUUGAGUGUCCAGUUUGUGGUAAAGGGUAUGCAUCAGAAGAGGAGGUUUCAGUUCAUGUUGAAUCUUGUUUGAGUGUAGCGGAUUCAAGUGAAGAGAAUGGCAGUAAAGAAUCCGAUGGUAUUGGGAAUCAUUUGCAGACUUGUGUGAGUCGAUAUAUGUCCGGGAAGCCGAGUGAUGGUUCGAUGGAGGUGAUUAUGAGACUUUUUAGGAAUGUGGUUAAAGAGCCAGAUAAUGCUAAGUUUAGGAAGGUAAGGAUGGGGAACCCAAAGAUAAAGGAGGCGGUAGGGGAUCUUCCUGGAGGGGUGGAGUUGCUAGAGUGUGUCGGAUUUGAGUUGAAAGAGGAAGAUGGGGAGAUGUGGCUCAUGAUGGAAGAUCCUUCCAAGGAACGGCUUGGUUUAAUUAAAAUUGUUAUAUCAUUGUUAGAGCCAAAGACGGCUAAAGAAUCAAUGGCCAUGGCUCCAGCUAAGGAAUCAACGACCGCGGCUCCAGCUAAGGAGGAAGCCGUUGAGCCGAAGCUGGUUGAUAGACAGAUUCGAGUAUUCUUUUCUGUACCCGAGAGUGUUGCUGCGAGAAUUGAGGUGCCCGCUUCUUUCUACAACCUUACUGCUGAAGAAUUGAAGAGGGAAGCAGAUGCGAGAAAGAAGAAGAUAGAGGAAUCCAAGCUUCUAAUUCCUAAAUCAUACAGAGAAAAGCAGGCACAGGCUGCAAAAAAGCGGUAUAAGAGAACUAUAAUUAGGAUACAGUUUCCUGAUAAAGUGGUUCUUCAAGCUAUCUUUUCUCCAUCAGAGUCAACUGGUACUCUAUAUGAGUUUGUGAGUGCGGCAUUGAAAGACCCAAGCUUAGAGUUUGACCUACUACAUCCAGUUUUAAUCAAGCGACGAGUGAUCCCACGUUUUCCAGCAGCAGGCCAGAGACCCGUGACGCUCGAAGAAGAGGAUUUGGUUCCUUCUGCCCUUAUUAAAUUCAAACCUAUAGAAACGGAUGAUGUUGUUUUUACUGGUCUUUGCAAUGAACUCCUUGAAAUCAGUGAACCCCUUGAAUCUGGUUCGGCUCCAUCAUAAGUUCUAGAAAACCUUCGUUCAACUGCGAAAUUUGGCUUGGGAGAAAGGUUAGAACUCCAAAAACCACUUAUCCUUGGAAUGUAAAUUAUUGUGAAAGAAUCUACCGCAUCAUGUACUCUGGUAUGUCUGGUUCACAUUUUACAAUCAGGGCCAAACUUAGUUGCAACACAUGUUGCCAGUAAAAACUCUUUGUAGAUCCAUUUCAUCACAAUAUACCCUUUUUUUCUUCUCAUGUAAUAUAGUUUUGAGUCCAUAAUUUUUAUGAUAAAGUACGAUGCUUAGAUUGGUGAAAAAUAUUUCUGUUCCUUGUUCUGUGCAGAAAAAAAGGAGAAGCAAAAACGAAUACAGAGUUGAUUUUAUUGCCCGAAUGAUAGAUUAUCGUUUCA